AUGGCCGCUCCAACGCAGCUGCCUUUGUCUCAGCAUGGUGUAGAUGCUGACGAUUCCCGUCCGUUCCAGUACAUCAGUGUCGGGGAUUCGAUCCUGCCAGCUAAGCGUGACGAAGAUGCUGAGGAUUCAUGUCCGUUCCAGUACGUCCGUGUCCGGGACACGAUCCUGCCACCUCAGCUUCAACAUCCGUCGGAGACAGCUAAGGUGGAAGUGGUUGAGCUUCCGCACCUGCUUCCUCUACGCCGUCCAGGUCUCUGCUCCAUACAGCAGCGUCGGCAGGAUGACCGUUCUGUACAUUUUGAGUUUGGUGUUGAGAUGGAGGUCGUGAUAAUUCCAAACUGUGCUUUGCAGACAGCCAAAGGCCUGCCUGGCUUUUGA